AUGGCUGGUGUUUUCUCAGAAUGGCGAAAGCUGCCGGUCAGUCUUAGUGAGCUAUGCAUAAACACAACACUGCGUUGUGGUCAAUCCUUCAGAUGGCACAACAUCCCCGAGAGCCAGGAGUGGCGAUGCGUCCUCUACGGUCACCUUCUCUCCCUGAAACAGGAUUCAAGCAGUCUAUACUACCGUGCAUACCAAUCGCAACCUCCCCCUUUGCCAACGCCACCUUCCUCUGAGAUCCCUUCCCGCGCGCAAUCAAACACAGAAGUCGGAGAUAGCAAGACACAUCUACUCGACUCGCAAGACGACCAUCUUGUGCAUAUUUUAAAACACUAUCUCAACCUUUCGUCAAAUCUCACAGAUCUCUACGCGCAAUGGUCAUCGUCAGAUCCCAAUUUCAAGAAAAAGGCAGCUCAAUUCAGUGGUAUCCGCAUCUUGCGCCAGGACCCUUGGGAGGCUCUGGUGUCAUUUAUUUGCAGCAGCAACAACAAUAUUUCUCGGAUCUCACAAAUGGUGGAAAAGCUGUGCAUCAACUACGGCCCGUUUGUCGGCAAAGUCGACGGGCGCGCAUACCAUGAUUUCCCCACGCCUGAGGCAUUAGCAGGCAAGGACGUGGAGAGUAAUCUUCGCAGUCUGGGUUUUGGAUACAGGGCGAGAUAUAUUUACCAGACCGCUAUAAUGGUAUCCCAGGAGCGAGAAAAUGGAUGGCUGAAUGGUCUCUGCAACCCCGAGUCGCCUGCGUUUGGCGUAGAGGCCAAGGCAGGAAGCGAAAUGAAACCAGAGGGCCGGGAGGGGUACCGAGAAGCCCAUGAAAAGCUUCUCGAAUUGCAAGGCGUCGGGCCUAAGGUGGCAGACUGCGUCUCCCUGUUUGGCUUGGGUUGGGGGGAGUCAGUUCCAGUCGACACACAUGUCUGGCAAAUUGCCCAGCGAGACUACCGCUUUGGCAAGGGCUCCCAUAAAUCUUUAACCAAGGCAACGUACGACGCCAUUGGCAAUCAUUUCCGCAAACUUUGGGGUCAAGAAGCAGGAUGGGCUCACAGCGUGCUUUUUACUGCCGAUCUACGGUCAUUUGCUGAUCGACUCGCGGCUACGAAGAAGGUAGAUGUGGCAGUGAAAGAAGAAGACUCAGAAGUGAAGAUUGAAACGGAAGUCACGACAGCUGUUGUUUUGACUGCACCAAAGGAAGAAGUCGAUGUCAAACUCGAAGAAGAGCCAGAGGCUAAAGCUGCUCAGAAAGCAUCUCGAGGGAAGAAGCGAAAGGGGUCGACGGAAGACAUCAUCCAUGCAUCCUCAACUACGGAGACCAGGCGCAUGUCCAAAAGACUGCGCCAGUGA